CGCUGUCGUUUCUGUUACAACCGGUUUUACGCAUAGAAACAACAACAAUUUUGGUGGCCAUGAGUGAGGCAGCAGCUUCACAGCAACCAGGAAGGCCCGCUGUCACCCAGGAAAGAGCUACUAUCAGAAUCAAUGACAUACCCACUGAAUUAUUGGAGCGAUUAUUAGGGAAGUACGUACAGCAAGUGAACGAGAACUACAAGAAGAAACAGGGUGAGUUGAAGAUUCAAGAUUUUGAUGAGACUAAGGACAUAGAACAGCCGAUUAUACCCAAAAAAAGGGUACUGGCCGAAGCCAGCGAAACGAUUGAUGGUGCGCAAGAAUUGAGCGACCGGAUGGUACAUCUGAACAAAACACUUCCACUAUAUGGAUACUUUCCUGAUGGAAACGGAAUGAUAGAAGUGUCCACUAGAACGGAUGAGCCGAUGGCUGAUGUUUUACAGGUGGCUGUGGAUCAAAUAAUGACUGCUAGUAUUCGAUAUAAGCACGGCUACAGUGAUAUAAAUAUUAAGAAAAGCACUCUUUCACAGAUGACCCAAUGGACUGCUCUGUUCUUCCAUCUUUUGACCACAAGAUUACAACGAUUGAUGGAAAUACAGAGAAGAAGACUUCCAAACUCAGAUGACCUCUUGCUACUACUCAAAGAAGGAUAUUUUGAUAGAAAGGGCAUAGACGAAAUGCAUACUUUGUGUGAAAGAUAUUAUAGUCAGAACAGCCAUAGAAACAAGGAAUUGCAUUCUAUUGCAAAACAUGCAAGCACAGCAUAUACGGGUCAGGACUACGGUGAUUUCAACUCAGCUAAUGAUAGUGUUGUGAUGGAAGAACCGUGGUGGAUUGACCAGGUUAUCCAUAGAAAGAAGAGGAAAGCCUACAUUCCAGAAUGGAUGCCGCCCUUACCACCAGAGCACACCUUCAAAUCCACACCAAAGUACAGCCAGCGAGUGACAAAUCCUGUGAUGUUGAGAGAAAAGCUUGUUUUAGAGGGCCGAUAUGGUGAGAAGGCUUUGGAUCAUAUAAUCGUCAAAGAAGAGAGCACUCUUUGCUCCCCGUUAUCACAAGAAAGCAUCAGUAGUAGUGACGAUGAAGAAGAAGAAGAGCAAGAGCAAAUAAAAGGAGGGGAAAAUAAUAUCUCGACAGGAAGGGAAAUUGAAGUAGUGCAAAAGAGUACGCAGAAUGAGAAGAGCGAUAUUAAUAAUGAUAACACAGAACUAGAAGCUCCUACUGUCGUAGGUCUUGAUGUCAAAAGCGAUCACGAACGAAUCAAUGAUUCUGAGGGGAGUAAUGAAAAGGAAAAAACUGAAGAAAGUACUCUUGAAAGCGCAACUCCAUCUGAUAAAAAAGUCGAUCUUGUUGAGCUAGCCAACAAAAGAAUGGCAGUUUUAGAAAACAAGCGCAAAGAGGAAGAGCAACGCUACUUAUCCCGUAUCGAAUCCGAUGAGAGUAGGUUUGGCAGGAAUUUUGGAUUUUACUCCAAUGUCAAAAAACUUCCUGAUGGAAUCAAUGUCGAACUACAAGAAUAUCGAAAUAAAAAGCUGAGAGAAGUUGUUCAUAACCUACGCAAGCAAGAGAAAAAGAAUUCCAAGUGGGUCAUUGAGCAGGAGGAGCUACGUCGGAGACUAGAUGAGGAGAAGAGCAAGUAUGCCGAAGCGAACCAAAUCCAACUUGGUUCUGGACAAGAUGCAGCUGAUGAGAAUAUAUUCUACGCAGACAUGGACGAGGAGGUUGACUUCGAUGUUGAAUUUAGUGAUAUGGAGGAAGUUGAAGAUGGAGAAAACCUACCGAAACCUCCAGAAACUAAAACUGAAUCAAUUGAGCCAGCUGUGAUGGACAACGACAGUAACGAUGAGGAGAGAGUUCUUUCUGUGAGAUUCCAAGAUGAAUUAGAGACAUCGGCGUUGUUGAACAGCACAGGGGAUGGUGAAGAACGGGACAGAGAAGGAGAAGGAGAAGGAGAUAUUGAAAGAGAGGAUCCAGAGGCCAAGUAUCGAUCAGACAUGCAAGAAGAAGACCACGACGACUGCGAUAGAGUUGUGAUGGACAAGGAUGAAGAAGACGAAAGUGUCGCCGAGGAGUGAUCCAUACCUGUAAUUUUUAACUUGUAACUUUAAUCUAUAUGCAAACGAAUAGCCCGUUGUACAGAUGUAAUAUAGAAGAUAGCUCACGUGAACCAGUACUGCC